CCCAGCAAAGCCGCCCUCAGCCAGCCCAGAAGCACUGGGCCUUGGCCCCAGCAACACCCACUGAGCACGCUGGGAGCUGAGUAUGGCGUCCCUGGUCUCGCUGGAGCUGGGGCUGCUGCUGGCUGUGCUGGUAGUGACGGAGACGGCGACGGCGUCCCCGCCUGCUAGUCUGCUGAGCCUGCUCACCUCUGGCCAGGGCGCUCUGGAUCAAGAGGCUCUGGGCGGCCUGUUAAAUACGCUGGCGGACCGUGUGCACUGCGCCAACGGGCCGUGUGGAAAGUGCCUGUCUGUGGAGGACGCCCUGGGCCUGGGCGAGCCUGAGGGACCAGGGCUGCCCCCGGGCCCAGUCCUGGAGGCCAGAUACAUCGCUCGCCUCAGUGCUGCCGCCGUCCUGUACCUCAGCAACCCCGAGAGCACAUGUGAGGACGCUCGGGCUGGCCUCUGGGCCUCUCAUGCAGACCACCUCCUGGCCCUGCUCGAGAGCCCCGAGGCCCUGACCCCAGGCCUGAGCUGGCUGCUGCAGAGAAUGCAGGCCCGGGCUGCUGGCCAGACCCCCAAGAUGGCCUGCGUAGAUAUCCCUCAGCUGCUGGAGGAGGCAGUAGGGGCAGGGGCUCCGGGCAGUGCUGGCAGCGUCCUGGCUGCCCUGCUGGACCACGUCAGGAGCGGGUCUUGCUUCCACGCCUUGCCGAGCCCUCAGUACUUCGUGGACUUUGUGUUCCAGCAGCACAGCAGCGAGGUUCCUAUGACACUGGCCGAGCUGUCAGCCUUGAUGCAGCGCCUGGGGGUGGGCAGGGAGGCCCACAGCGACCACAGUCAUCAGCACAGGGGAGCCAGCGGCCAGGACCCUGUGCCCCUCAUCACCUCCAACAACAGCUCCAGUGUGUGGGACACGGUAUGCCUGAGUGCCAGGGACGUGAUGGCUGUGUAUGGACUGUCGGAACAGGCUGGGGUGACCCCGGAGGCCUGGGCCCAACUGAGCCCUGCCCUGCUCCAACAGCAGCUGAGUGGAGCCUGCACCUCCCAGCCCAGGCCCCCCGUCCAGGACCAGCUCAGCCAGGCAGAGAGGUAUCUGUACGGCUCCCUGGCCACGCUGCUCAUCUGCCUCUGCGCGGUUAUUGGCCUCCUGCUGCUGACCUGCACUGGCUGCAGGGGGGUCACCCACUACAUCCUGCAGACCUUCCUGAGCCUGGCAGUGGGUGCACUCACUGGGGACGCUGUCCUGCAUCUGACGCCCAAGGUGCUGGGGCUGCACACACACAGCGAAGAGGGCCUCAGCCCACAGCCCACCUGGCGCCUCCUGGCUAUGCUGGCCGGGCUCUACGCCUUCUUCCUGUUUGAGAACCUCUUCAACCUUCUGCUGCCAAGGGACCCGGAGGACCUGGAGGACGGGCCCUGCGGCCACAGCAGCCACAGCCACGGGGGCCACAGCCACGGUGUGUCCCUGCAGCUGGCACCCAGCGAGCUCCGGCAGCCCAAGCCGCCCCACGAGGGCUCCCGCGCAGACCUGGUGAGUGGGCGCCAGAUGCCCCACCCUACGCGGAGCCCCUCUCACCGGCCCCUUCCCACGCCCACACUCCCAGCCCCACCCCAGGCCUGCGGCUCCGCCUCCCGCGGUGAUCUGGGGCCCCGCCCCACCGCGUUCCUCCUCCACUUCCGGGCGGGACUUACUCAAGGCUCCUCCCAGGUGGCAGAGGAGAGACCGGAGCUGCUGAACCCUGAGCCCAGGAGACUGAGCCCAGAGUUGAGGCUACUGCCCUAUGUGAUCACGCUGGGCGAUGCCGUGCACAACUUCGCCGACGGGCUGGCCGUGGGCGCCGCCUUCGCGUCCUCUUGGAAGACCGGGCUGGCCACGUCGCUGGCCGUGUUCUGCCACGAGUUGCCGCACGAGCUGGGGGACUUCGCGGCCUUGCUGCACGCGGGGCUGUCCGUGCGCCAAGCACUGCUGCUGAACCUGGCCUCCGCGCUCACGGCCUUCGCCGGUCUCUACGUGGCACUCGCGGUUGGAGUCGGCGAGGAGAGCGAGGCCUGGAUCCUGGCAGUGGCCACCGGCCUGUUCCUCUACGUAGCACUCUGCGACAUGCUCCCGGCGAUGUUGAAAGUACGGGACCCGCGGCCCUGGCUCCUCUUCCUGCUGCACAACGUGGGCCUGCUGGGCGGCUGGACCGUCCUGCUGCUGCUGUCCCUGUACGAGGAUGACAUCACCCUCUGAUACCCUGCCCUAGUGCCCUACCUUUGACUUAAGAUCCCACACCUCACAAACCUACAGCCCAGAAACCAGAAGCCCCUAUAGAGGCCCCAGUCCCAACUCCAGUAAAGACACUCUUGUCCUUGGAGCGUGGCUGUGCUCUCCUUGCUGGGUGGGAAGGGUC